GAGACCACCCACUUAGAACAAGACUACACACCUUUCUCUCCAACCUGAGUCGUCGAAUACCGUCGCACCAACAUGGACGACAUUGUGGAAGACGAGAAAAAGCCGUUCGACCCAGACGGUCUCCAGCCAGAUGAAGAAACAUUACCGGAUCCCGACGAGGAACUUAUGCUCGACAAGGGAAAUGGGCGUGUGUGGCUCGUCAAGGUACCAAAACACCUCAUGGAACGCUGGUCUUCCAUUGACGCUGAAAAUAUACACUUAGCUACUGUCCGCGUCUAUCCAGACGCCGUAGGGCCGACAGGAAAAUCCCCUCGUAUCGUCCUCUUCCUCCCCCCAGACCCGUCAGAUACCACCCCACGGGACCCUGCUCUCCCACCGUUUUCCAGCAAUGCAGCUUUCGUCCCGGGCGAAGGGGAUGUCCACGUUGACCGGUAUGAACUCGACAUGGUGAACGACGACGUCGACAACCAGCUUGUCGUAGCUGAGCGACCGAAGGAGCCGGUUCCGCCUACAUCUUCUGCCCCCACCUCGACACCACCAGUCAAUAACCGCGCGCGUACGACAAUUCUUACGGGGAGAAUUAAACAUGAGUGUAAUUUACGUCCUAUAUUCAACGAGUCCUAUAGACGACAAAUGCGUGAGAGAAGCAGGAAGUAUAACACCCCACGGAGACAAAUUAGAAUGAUUGAGGACGCUGGUGUGAGUGGAGGGAGAGGAGGAAUCAACCGACUCAGCAGCGGAGUGGGAGUUGGCGCAGGAGGGGCGUUUUCCGAUCUCAUCAAAUCCAAACCAAAGCCAGCAAAAGGCGCCUUCGAGCGCAUGGCGCGCAUGCCCCGCAACCAACUGCUGGAUCUCCUGUUCACGCUAUUCCGCGAACAGCCUCGGUGGAGCAUCAAGCCUCUUCGAGAGCGUACUCAACAGCCAGAGGCUUAUCUCAAAGAGGUCCUUGGGGAGAUUGGACAACUGAAUCGAAGCGGGGAGUACAAUGGAAUGUGGGAGUUAUCAGAAGUGUUUACGAAGGAUGGCAUAAAGGCGGAGGGCGGCAUGGGUAUGAUAGCUGGUGGUUCACAGGAUGUGACAAUGGCUCUUCCAGAAGAAGAGGAGGAAGAUGACGAUGACGAUGAUGACGACGACGACGAUAUGGAAGAAGUGUCGUGAUUACUAUUAUCUCUUUGCGCGAAAAUGUACAUUGUAUCAAUACUAAUGUGUAGAACAUGUGUUUCAGUGUUUUCCCUCAAACAUUCUACAUGGAGCACUUCUGCUUGUAGUUG